GUGGAUUAGAUAGUGUUCUUAAAAACCAAAAACACGACUUGGAAGGAAACACGUUGAUAGUGCAAUCUGCUGACUUGUAGUCUUAAGUAAUAUUUCCUUAAAAAUAUAUUUUUAUUAAUUUUAGUAUAGUAGUAUAAUAAAAUGUUAUCUUCAUCAAAUAAUUUGUCUACUCAUUUUGAGCUAGCUGUUUCAUUCAUAUCUGGAUCAAAUUUAGCGGACAAUGUAGAGUUACAGUUGAAGUUAUAUGGUUUAUAUAAGCAAUCUCGUGAAGGACCUUGCAACCAACCAAAACCUCCUUUAUAUGAUUUAAAAGGUAGAAAAAAAUGGUAUGCUUGGUCUGAAAAAGGUUCUAUGUCCAAGGAAGAGGCAAUGGAAAAAUAUAUUGAACUAGUUAAGUCAAUCAAUCCUAAUUUUCAAUCAGAAAAAACUGGCUGGGUUACUGUAAGUACCUUUGCAGAUAAAGAAGAACCAAUUUCAGACAGCAAAAAAACUAUUAGCGAUUGGGUUAAAGAAGGAAAUUUAGCUAAAAUAUUAACAUUCAAAGGAGAUAUAAAUAUUAACGAUGAAAUGGGUAUGGCUCCCAUUCAUUGGGCAUCUGACCGUGGAAAUUUACCAAUAUUAAAGUUACUGAUUGAAGAACUUUCAGCUAAUAUUAAUCUUCAAGAUGAAAUGGGACAAACUGCUUUGCAUUAUGCUAUAACUUGUAAUCAUGAUGAUAUUUGUUUGUAUUUAAUUGAAAAAGGAGCUAAAACUGAUAUUCCAGAUGAAGAUGGAAUAACUGCAUUUCAAAUAUUCUCCGAAUCUGAUUCAAGAUUAAAAUCUUUAUUAUUUCAUACCUCUUGAGUAAUAUAAAUUAAAUAAUAUUCAAAACUCUAUUUUGCCUGUAAAUACUUGUUAAAAAAUUUCAUUAUAUACAUAUGAUAAUAAAAUAGCACUGUUAUUUAUUUAGAAUACUUUUAUUUGAUAUUUUAUUGAAAAAUGUAUUUAAGCAUCUAUUUAAUCAAAUCCUUAUUAGUUUUGAGUUCAGAUUAUAAAUUAUUAUUUAAUAUAUUUAUAUAUAGAUACUCGUGUAAUUCUGCAUCAAACAAAAUCUAUAAUUAAGUCUAUACGGAUAGGUCAUAGUAAAAAUAUUAAACGUACAUUUCACAAGUUUAAAUUACACUUAAUAUUAGUGGUGUCAAAUAACUUAAAAAGUGUCUUUAAUUUAUCUAUUUAUUUCAUGUGUUAUUAAUUUAAAUUUAUAAAUAUAGUGAUAAAUUCUCCUGAGA